UUACUUUCUGUUUGCAGAGACAACAUAGUGCCACGUUCUCAGCAUCAGGUAAUCUGCUGCCUCUUGGGAAAUCCGUGGAAUGGAGCAGAGGAUUCGGACUUGCAGAGAGGAUGGUCCAAGCAGAGAAAAAAAUCAAGACCUCGGAUUUUAUCAUUCCUGUGUUUGUGCACAGUGUGAAAAAAGAAAUAACAAAGGAGGAUAAAGAAGAGCUGAAAAUCAUAUUCCACACUGCGCAGAAACUGACAGGUGUUUAUCCGAUAGUCGUUCUCACUCAUAAGACAUCGGGGUCUUUGACUGAAACAGAGGGAAAAUUCAGGGAUAUCGGUGUGGAAAGAUUCUUUUCUUUUGAAAAUUACACGAGGGAAGAUCACAUGAAAACCAGAGGAAAACAUGAGGGCGUCCUGAAGUUCUUGUAUGAAGUCAUUAAAGACGUUCAGUUUCGCGUAGACCAACCGCGAGAUCCUGUGAAGGAAAUGAAGGAGAGGAAACAAUUUGUUCUUAACUACGUCUUAGAGUGCACUAAAAAGGAAGAGCAGAGAAAAGAAGAAAAGGCCAGGGCCUUGGAGAAAGCUCUGCUGGAGAAGAAGAUGAAGGAACAAAAGGAGGAGAUGGAGAGAAAGAGGAUGAUACAGAAAAGGCAGCAAGAGGAGGAACAGAGGAGGCAAGAACAGGAACUGAGAAAGAUGAGAGAUCUUCAACUCGCUCAACAAGAAGCAGAAGCCGCAGCCCUGACAGAAAGUCUGGGAAAGAAGAAGAAGAAGAAGAAAAUCUUGGGAAUUGUUUUAACCAAAUAAUGAAAAAUAUUCCUGAUCCAGACAUGAAGAAUCGAGAGCAGAUACACAGAUGGAUAUUUGAGGCAGUUAUCAGAAUCUGCUGGACUUAAAGCCUACCUAUCAAAACAUACAAACCUUUCACAUGUCCUAGAGAUGACGUGAACGAGCGGGAGAGAAGCUCGGUGUCUAUGAGAUCAGGACAGCCCCAUAGACUUACAUUAUUAGUCUCUCCAGGUCACAUGACACAGAGGUGACAUAAGCCGCACUAGGCAGGCACUUUUCCUCGUUCCCUUGACCGGUUGUCCGAGUCUGGUCGGAGUCUGGUCUCUCAGAACUUGAUCAAUCAAAACUUUUGAUUUGUCUCUAUGACAUUUGUAACGUUUUUGUUUAAUGACAGUGCCCA